AUUUUAUUAAGUAGUAAUACAUAGCAUUAAAACAUAAUGAAAAAGUAAUUUGAACAUUGUGUGGUGAAACUGUCCUGGAUUCCUUUGAAGAUGACUCAUUGGCAUAAGUAAUAAGCCAUUAAUACAGUAAUUAAUACAUUUGCAAUCUCCUCCCACUGUGGUGUUUCCCAACCAAGAAAUGGUAUAAGGUCUCCAGAGGUUUACAUUGGAAUGAUUUAAUGUCCCAGAAGUUGAGAGCUUUCACACCAACUAUCGUCUAACAGAGUUCCUUUCCCGUGCACCCCACCCGAAUGCCAAUAUUGUAGUAGGGCCUCCUUCUCCUUUCCGACUUGUCUAUCAAUCUAGCUGUGGCCACACUAAUUUAAGCAUUAAACCUAUAUUAAAAACAUGGAUACUUGUUGUGCUCUGUUGAUUAAAAGGAGUGUUACAAUUAUUUUUAGAUGGCACUGUUGUAUUUCACCGCUCUAUACAAUUGGCAGACACCUCAUACAAAUAAUUAGUGAUUUUACAUAUUUCGAGAAGGUUCCUAGUCCUGAGAGCUUGUAUUGUAACAGAAAUCAGCCUGUUUAAUACAUUUGCCACGGGAAGUCAUGUAAACAGGACAAUUUGAAGGUCACCUGUUAGGUUCAGAUGUUUAGCAGAGCUUUACAGAGGAUUGUAAAAUGGUAUUCCUGGAAUGUGUUUCAGAAAAAGUCAACAAACAUUUCUUGUUUUUCAUAGAGUCAUACAGAGUUGGACCCCCACUAAGAAAGGACCUUACAUUGUCCAAAGAUAACAAACCACUCUUGGCCCCAACAAUCUUGUGAUCAUGUUACGAGUCCCACCCGACUCAGAGAUCUGUGGCUAACAUGUUAUAGGCAUUCACAUGAAAGCUCUGAAGACUUAAGGAUGUUUUACUAGAAUUCUUAGUUGCCUGAGGUCUACAGCAUGAGAUGCCAUGAUGUGCCCAGGAAGGAAUGUGAUUGGCAUCUUGUUAUGGCUGUCCAUAUGGUACUUGUGUGUUUUGAAAGAGGGUCGUGGUAGCUUUUUGCUGCCAAAUAAGGAUAUUCUGGAUGAUGAGGACAUUCAGAAACAAGUGGAUCAGGCCCUCCAGCUGGUGAACAAAGAUAGUUUCCAAGGAUGGCCUCUCGAGCAAAUAAAGCAGGCGGUCCCCAGACUCCACAUAGGUUUGAUUGAAAUAUGGCUUCAGUUCCGGAAGCUUCUGAAGGAGCAGAACGAGGUGUGGACCAAAUUAAGAAGGAUGACUCGCCAGUCUGCCGUGUCCUGCCAAGAAGUAAAAGCUGAAAUGUCAGAUUUCAGCGGCAACCUGACCUCCAGAAUGGAUGCCAUCGAGAAUCAAGUAGCAGAGAUUCAACGCAAGGCAGAGAGUGUGGAAGAAGUGUGCAGAUGCGAAUCUAGGGCAGUGUCCGAAAACCAGCUUGAUGUUAACCAGACAGACUCCAGACAGCAGCCAGCUCAAACCACAACCAUCAACGUACAAGGCAAAAAUAAUUCCUCAGGAUCUAACAAGCGUUACAAAGCGAACGUAGAGAAACUAUCCCAGAAGGUGGCCAGCCUGACAGAGCUCCUAAAUGGUCACAACGAGCUCCUGGUGGAAUUAUAUCAACGCAUCGCUGUGCUGGAGGGGACUCAGAACACACAACGCGUUUUGACAGAUGUUCAAGAAAAGGGCAGAGGAGAUAAUUAGAAGAGCAAAAUGGAUCAGCAUGAGGUUCAGGAGAGGACAUUUCAUAUCUCCCACUGUUCCAGUGGCACAAGAGGUGUCUAGGUUCAAUGAAAGGACAUUAGAUGGGUAGCAGGUGACAUUUUAGCAAGAUGAGGAGGUAGACUUCAUCCCAAUCACCAAAACCUUCAUGUCCUGGUAGACACUGCACAAUGAAACCCACGCAUUCUGCUUUGACCAAAAUGGACUUGACCCCUUUUUC